AUGGAUUUUUUAGGACCCCUACCAUCAAAUGAGUAUCUCCUAGUAAUUGUCGACUACUACAGCCGGUACAAGGAGGUAUGCGUCAUGAGGAAAAUCACGUCCGAAGAAACUAUUAAGCGAAUCGAACCCAUUUUCGUCCGGCUAGGAUAUCCACGGACUAUCACCCUAGAUAAUGGCCGCCAGUUCAUCAGCACAGAAUUCGAUAACUAUUGUCAGUCAAGAAAUAUAAAGCUAAACCAUACCGCCCCAUACUGGCCACAGGCCAAUGGUGAAGUCGAAAGGCAGAACAGUUCCCUCCUGAAACGUCUCAAGAUAAGCCAUUCUAUGAAUCGAGAAUGGAAAACCGACUUACUCCAAUACCUAAUGAUGUACAACACCACCGCACAUUCCGUCACAGGUAAGGCUCCCUCUGCGUUGUUGCAAAAUCGGCUGAUCCGCUCCAACAUUCAAAAACAUACCACAUGUGGGUUCCGAAUCUCACGACCGAGAUACAACUCUAAAGUACUGGGGAAAAGAAAGAGAAGACCAGAAGCGGCAUGCUAA